GCGGGCCCGCGCCUCAGGGGCGGCGGUGACGGCGCGGCCAUGGCGGACCGGCUGACACAGCUGCAGGACGCCGUCAACUCGCUCGCGGACCAGUUCUGCAACGCCAUCGGAGUGCUGCAGCAGUGCGGCCCGCCCGCCUCCUUCAGCAACAUCCAGACGGCCAUAAACAAGGACCAGGGAGUCAACCCCACCGAGGAGUACGCCCAGCUGUUCGCUGCUCUGAUCGCUCGCACUGCCAAGGAUAUCGAUGUUCUCAUAGAUUCCCUGCCCAGUGAAGAAUCCACAGCAGCUUUGCAGGCUGCGAGCCUGUACCGGCUGGAGGAGGAGAACCACGAGGCGGCGGCGCGGCUGGAGGAGGUGGUGUACCGCGGGGAUGUGCUGCUCGAGAAGAUCCAGAGCGCCCUGGCCGACAUCGCCCAGUCGCAGCUGAAGACGCGGAGCGGCACCCACAGCCAGCCCCUGCCCGACUCGUAGCCCUGCCCUGCCCGGGAGCCUCGGGAGCGCCUCUGGAUGCGCCGGGAGCGGAUGGGCUGGCCCCGGCCUCCCCGCCGGGAGCGGCGGCUCUGGCACAGCUCGGCUGCGGGGCUUGUGGGAGAAACGCUUCUACGGGGCUCUGUUAUGGAUCUGCGUGGAUUGGUGUGUGUUUCCUUGACUUAGAACGAGCUUUCUGUUCAUGAAUAUGACUUCAAUGAAAUUUGUUACAUAUUAGAAGUAUUUGCAUAAGUUAAUCCCACUGUGGUCAUGGUGUGUUUUUCUGUAAGCCUCAGACACACACAGGUUGGGCAGAGUUCCCUGGAGACAGUGUUGUGAAUGCAGUGAUGGUCAUGUUUUAAUUAACAGCACUGGUAAUGUUGAUUGGCUGGUUUACCACCUUUUACAGAGCCUAUGAAAGGAUAGGUAAACUGAUGUUUACAGAGUGAUUGUUCUUGACAUUGGCAUCGCAUUUACAAGGAAAUAAACCUGCAGGUGUCUGA